GAGACUUAAUGGAGACGUUAGUUCCACAUCCCGAAUUCAAGAUGUUGGGUCUUCGUAACAUACCUCAGAUGCCUGAAAACUCCCUUGCUUACAGCACAUUCAGUUGGCCUGGACUCAUCAAACAUUUAAGGCAGAUGCUGAUUGCUAAUGCUAAAAUGGAGGAAGGUAUCGAUUGGCAAGUACAACCACCACGUCUAGGCUCCUCCAUCCCCUCCAGUCAUUCCACAAACAAACCCCUGCAUUUCAAUACUUCCAUUGCCAACCUGGUUAUCCUGCGAGGAAAAGAUAUGCACAGCGCAGACUUGGGAAGUUUCCGAGAUCCCUCAUUAUACACAUCAUGGCUAAACCCUCAGGAUGCUUUUAAUGCGUGGAAAACACCAAGAGCAUUUAACAAGUAUGAAAAGUCUGCUUCUUUGGUCAGCAAUAGCCAGUUCCUGUUGAAACCUCUUGACAGCGUUGUAGGAAAAGCUUGGAAUAUGUUUGCUUCCAAAGCCUAUAUUCACCAGUACACUAAGUUUGGAAUCGAAGAGGAAGAUUUCCUGGACAGCUUCACAGCUCUGGAACAAGUUAUCUCCAGUUAUACCAUCCUUUGAUUUUUUUUUUUUAAAUGCUCUGACAUAGAGCUUUCCUGAAAACCCAGCGCUGGAAAACCUUCCCUCACCUUCCUGAAGUAGUUAAAUUACUGGACUGUAACUAUUUUUCAGCCUUGUAAGCAGUGCGUGCGUGUGUUAGAAUAAUAAGAACUGAAU